AUGUCUACGUUUGAGGAGCUAUCAGACAUCUUACAUCACAAACUCUACCUGACCAGCGAAGAGCUGCUGAUGAGGGAGGGCACAUCUAAAUUUGCCAAUCUGGAAGGCUGUGCUAAGGAGCACCAGAAGCACACUCACAAACGACUCCAGCUGCAGAAGGAAAUGGGUGCUAUGCAGGGGACGAUACCUUACUUGGGCACCUUCCUAACAGACCUGACCAUGUUAGAUGCUGCCCGGUCAGACCUAGUAGAGGGGGGGCUAAUCAACUUUGAGAAGAUGCGAAGGUUUGAGGUGAUAGCUCAGAUCAAGCUGCUGCAGUCUGCGUGUAACAGCUACUGUCUUAGUGCUGAUGAUGCCUUCCUGCACUGGUUCAAGAACCAGCCUCAACACAGAGAGGAGGAGAGGUACAAGCCCAUGUCUUGUGACAUUGAAGGAGCAGCGGGGGACCGGCUGCCACCCGGCCACACGGUGAGCCAGCUAGAAACCUGGAAGAUCUGUGCUGGAACUCUGGAGCGGCAGGUAGAGACGCUGCUGACGGGGUUCCGGGGCAAUGACCUCGCCUACACCACCAUCUUCCUGUCCACAUACUUCGCCAGCACGCACACUGUGCUGCAGUUGCUGCUAGACAAGUAUGGAAUUCCAGAGGGUAGUGAAGGACAGACUGAGCAAUGUAGACCCUCUGAAACCAAAGGUGCCGUUCGAAUUGCCCUGGCCUCCAUCUUGAGAGCCUGGCUGGACCAGUGUCCAGAGGACUUCCAGGAGCCUCCAUCCUACCCCUGCUUCCACAGGGUGAUGGCCUACCUACAGAGGGCCCUGCCUGGAUCAGAGCCCAUGCGUAAAGCCCAGAGUCUACUGGAGCAGCUGAAGGCUGAGGCCAGUCUGGAUGUAGACUCAGAUGGUGGCGGUUUUGACAGCAUACGCUCCUUCGGCCUGUGUGAGGAUGAGGAAGUGGAGAUUGAGGUCCAGGAAGACUUCAUGUCAUUUGAUACAGAUUUGGUGGCAGAGCAACUGACUUGUAUGGAUGUGUUGUUGUUCAAGAAGGUGAUUCCUCACCACUGCCUGGGCUCCAUCUGGUCCCAGAGGGAUAAGAAACAGAACAAGCACAGUGCUCCCACCAUCCGUGCCACCAUCACCCAGUUCAACGCUGUGGCAGCGUGUGUGGUCAGCACCAUACUGCACCGACGCCAGAUCCGCCCACACCUCAGGGCACGGGUCAUCAAGCGCUGGAUAGACAUCGCUCAGGAGUGUCGCAUGCUUAAGAACUUCUCGUCGCUGCGUGCCAUUGUGUCUGCACUGCAGUCCAACCCACUCUACAGACUGAAGAGGGCCUGGUCCUGGGUAGACAGCAUGUCUACGUUUGAGGAGCUAUCAGACAUCUUACAUCACAAACUCUACCUGACCAGCGAAGAGCUGCUGAUGAGGGAGGGCACAUCUAAAUUUGCCAAUCUGGAAGGCUGUGCUAAGGAGCACCAGAAGCACACUCACAAACAACUCCAGAGGAAAAUAGAAAUGGGUGCUCUGCAGGGGACAAUACCUUACUUGGGCAUAACGCAUCAAUCUCACUGGAGAAAGCAUCCUUGCGAGCGAAACGGCGCCCGUCAUAGUAUUUUUGGCGAGACAGCACUGGAUAUAUGGGCUACACAGACUGAUAUGCUGGUUUGCUCGCUCUGAGAUUCAGCCACUUGUGAAUUGAAGGAAAUUUAUGAAACAUUUCAUGUAUUAAAAAUGUUUCACAUUUCUGGGGAAAACUUGGCAUCCACUAGUAUUAGGCCUAAUAACAAUCAAUGAAUGUCAUUAUGGUGUUUAACAGAUUUCCAUUCAUCAAAUGGAUGCUGGAAUUAUUUUUGAGUAGAUGAAUGUGCACAGCUGCAGGUUGCUGAUUUUUAAGUGAUUUUUUUUUCUUCUUUUUUUACAAUAACCAGGUUUCCAUCCAACCUUUUCAUGUAAUGUACAUGCCAGAUAAAUGUCAUGACAGGCCUGAUGGAAACAUCUAAUUUGUUGGCAAACUUUCCAAUUUUGACAAAACAAAACACUCUAGACAAGGUGGAUCUUGUCGGUAAAAUUAAUUAUAAGACUUUAUGGUGGAAAUUCCAUUAUGUGCAAAUGUUUAUAUAAUAACCAUCAUAUUGAAGUAAACUUGGAGUCACGUGAUGAUAUGGUGUGGUCAUCCCACCCGGUAAAGCAUGCAGUUAAUUAGGCUAUAGAUCAAAUGAGUUAUGAUGAACUUCACAGCGUGGUGAGGCUUUAUUGGAAAGGCUUGAUACCCCUUUCCAAUAAAUAUCAAGGGUUUUAUUCUGGUGACAUGAUGAUCGAUGCUUGGCUGCCAUAAUAAUCUCAUGUAGGCUAUACCCGCACUGUAUCUGCGAGCUGUUGACUAGAGUGGACGUGUGAAAAUCUGAGUGGGCACAUUUGCUAUAUAAAGCAAAUAAAAUGUCUGCCAAAACCUUCAGAGUUAAAAAUAAAAUGGGAACCCAUUUAACUUUUUAUUCGGUACAUGGGAAUUUAACUGCAAAAUAAAAAUUGGUGCCCUGCGUCAUCACGCACAUUUUAUCUGCAACAAGUACAUUUGAUGGAAACAUCUCUGGUGGGAAAAUGUGCGUAUUGUUUUAUGCAGAUUUUAGAAUAUUCGCACAGUAAUUGGUCGCCAAUUGGCUGAAAACCUAGCUAAUCAGAUGACCACGUCAUUACUGUUUGUGUUCAUGCCACAUUAAAAUGUAAUACAUUUUUACUGUUAAAUGACAUGUCUUUACAAUUACACCCUUUUUUUUUUUAACCUGUUGGGGCUACAGGUUAGCAAUGAACCCCGAGUCGGGAUUGCU